AUGCAAAGACCGAGCAGCCAAGGGACGGCAUUUUCUAUCGACUCUCUGAUUGGAACUCCACAGCCUCGACCGGGGCACCUGCUCUACACGGGUUACCCCAUGUUCAUGCCAUAUCGACCGCUCAUGAUUCCUCAAGCCUUGUCUCACUCACCUUUAUCGUCCAGUAUUCCACCUUUGGCACCAUUAGCAUCAUUUGCAGGCCGACUGACAAAUACUUUCUGUGCGAGUUUGGGACAAGGAAUGCCUUCCAUGGUGGCUCUCACAACAACGCUUCCCAGCUUCUCGGACCCACCCGAUAGCUUCUACUCGCCACAGGAGAUGCCUGGACCUCGAAUAAGUGCCGACCCGGUGAUUAGGCGCCAGGAAAGCCCACAUGGCGAUGAUCUACAUGUAAAGGACAAAGAUACCGAGUUGCUUAACUUCACAGAAACUUUUCAGACAGUUACCGGUGAAACCAAACUGUAUAGUUCCGAUGACGAGAAACUGGAUCUCAAAUCAGCGGAUGCCGCUUGCAGUGACAGAGAGGAUAGCUCCGCAGACAGUGAAAACGAGAGUUUCUCGGACGGAAACACUUGUGGUUCGUUAUCACAAAAGAGCAAACUAAAACCGGGUUCACAAGACCCACUUCCAGCAGGCAGUUCUGCUGGAAAGAGUCGAAGAAGACGAACUGCCUUCACCAGCGAACAGUUACUUGAGCUGGAGAAGGAGUUCCACUGUAAAAAGUAUCUUUCACUUACUGAGCGCUCGCAAAUAGCACACGCACUUAAAUUGAGUGAAGUUCAAGUUAAGAUUUGGUUCCAGAACCGCAGGGCUAAAUGGAAACGGAUCAAAGCGGGAAACGUCAACAACAGAUCUGGGGAACCCGUGAGGAAUCCAAAGAUUGUCGUCCCUAUUCCGGUGCACGUCAACAGGUUUGCUGUGAGGAGUCAGCAUCAACAGAUAGAGCAAGGAACUAGGCCAUAA